UUUCAAAUUGUUUGUGCUUUAAUUCCAAGUAGCUAAAAAUGACUGUUAAUAACGAUUAAUAUGUUGAAAUACAAAAUUAACGAACUACCCCUGCUUCAUUUCCGGUUAAAACAUUUUGUUGAAUCACGCAAGACUUUCUCUGUCAGAAUAUAGAAGAAUGGAUCGUUUACUGAGAUUAGGUGGAGCAGGAGGAAUGCCAGGGCUAGGACAGGGAGCUCCACCAGCCGAUGCACCAGUGGUUGAUACUGCUGAACAAGUCUAUAUUUCAUCUUUAGCAUUAUUGAAGAUGUUAAAACAUGGAAGAGCUGGUGUACCUAUGGAAGUUAUGGGAUUAAUGUUGGGAGAAUUUGUUGAUGAUUAUACUGUUAGAGUUAUAGAUGUAUUUGCCAUGCCACAGUCUGGAACUGGUGUUAGUGUUGAAGCUGUAGAUCCAGUUUUUCAAGCGAAAAUGUUAGACAUGUUAAAACAGACUGGUCGACCUGAAAUGGUAGUAGGAUGGUAUCAUUCCCAUCCAGGAUUUGGUUGUUGGUUAUCUGGUGUUGAUAUAAAUACACAACAGAGUUUUGAAGCUUUAUCGGAGAGAGCAGUAGCUGUAGUAGUUGAUCCUAUACAAAGUGUAAAGGGAAAAGUGGUGAUAGACGCUUUCCGAUUGAUUAACCCGAAUAUGAUGGUAUUAGGACAAGAACCAAGACAAACAACAUCUAAUUUAGGUCAUUUACAUAAACCUUCAAUACAGGCACUUAUUCAUGGUUUAAAUCGUCACUAUUACUCUAUUGCUAUUAAUUACAGGAAAAAUGAACUGGAACAAAAGAUGUUAUUAAAUCUCAAUAAGAAGAGUUGGGUUGAUGGUCUGGUGUUAGAAGAUUAUAAUACACAUUGUACUUUGAAUGAGAAAGUUGUACAAGAAAUGUUGGACUUGGCUAAAAAUUAUCACAAGGCUUUAGAAGAAGAAGAAUCUAUGACACAAGAACAAUUGGCUAUAAAAAAUGUUGGUAAACAGGACCCGAAGCGUCAUUUGGAAGAACACGUGGAUGUAUUGAUGACCAAGAAUAUUGUACAAUGUCUAGGAUCUAUGUUACAUACUGUUGUAUUUAAAUAAUUUAUAACUCAGUUGUUUUGUAUAUAUUAUCAUCUCACUCAAAUAAAUAUCAUCAGUUUAACAAUUA